AUGUCCACCACCUCUCAGAACAUGGCUGCAAGAUCAUCAACAGAGACCGAGCGUCGCCAUCUACUUGCCGGAAGCAUUUGUCAAUCUGAAACAUCGUCUCUUGUCGAUGUUGAGACUCUAGAUGGCGAGAGAACCCCACGAGCGAGAUCACGGGUGUCUGUAWCCAGAGUAUCUCAGACACAGCCAAAUGACGCGGCAGUCGAAGAAUCAUCACAAGCUUACAGAGGCUUUCCUUCCCAAGCUCACUAUCUCGCUGCGCUGAACUCCUGGGCGGAAUCGAAAAGAUAUGUUGAUCCUGGAGAUUCAGCACUCAAUGGCUACUAUGGAACGGUCACAAUGCAGGAGUAUGCACAGCGGCCUCGAGUAUCGUUCGGAAUCUCAAGUUGGAAGCAGCAAAGAAAGGAGAAGCGUGAUGCCAAACGACAGUCUGUGGCUUGA